AUGAUCAUGGGUGCAGGCAAGACCACGUGCAUUGCUCCAAUGCUGACUUUGCUGCUGGGAAACGACGGCCGCCUGGUGCUCAACAUUGUGCCAAAGGCCUUGUUGGCGCAGACACGGAACGUGAUGCGGAAGAUGUUUGGUCAGAUCCUGGCCAAGCGCGUGGUGACCCUGGAGUUCAGCAGAAUGAUGGGGCAGGAUGAUCCUUUCGAUGUGCAGUUGAUCAAACAGCAGCUCUUCGACGCUCAGCGUGAUGCGGCCGUCGUCUGCACCACUCCAGCCGCCAUCAAAUCCAUGUUCUUGCGCCAUCUCGAGCUGUUGCAGCUAAACCACCUGCACAUGAACACCCAGAAGAAGUACAAAGCUGAAAUGCACAAG